AUGAGUCGGCUGCAGGAACAACUACGAAUCAUUCGCGAACGAGAAGAGGCACAUCGCAUCCUCGGAGCGAGUCGCUGUACGGUGCUGUUUCCUGACGAAACUAUUGCCUCCCGAGUCUCCUGGUCCGAGUUGGCUGCGCUCGCUCGCAAUGGACUCGAACAGCUCAUCAAGUUCGACCAGCGGUUUGCAUCAUUUCUCGACAGCGACCUGUUUCACCACCGCUACGUUAUCGAGGGAGCGACAGCACUUCCAGCACUCGAUCGCGGCCAAGAGUCAGCAGCAGCGAACGCGGAGACCCAACAGCUCAUUCAACACUUCUGUUACCUCUUGGUGCCGUAUUUUACCACGAGACCUGGACAAAAGUGCGUUGAAUGGCUGCUUCGUGCGCACUCAGCAGGAGCACUGGACCCCGCGUCGCUGGUGGUCGCCGCCCUGCCCUAUAUUGGGACGGAGGCAUUUGAGCGGCUCGUUGCGGCCUUGCACCUAGCGCAGCAUGGUGUAGCAAAAGUGCGCUGGCACUGGCUAGAGCGAGUACACUCCUUGGACCACCUAGUAGAACAGAGCAGCGAACUCAACUGGUUCGUGCCGUUUCUCCUGGACACCGCAGAAGCGCUCGUGCGUGCACGCGUUUCGGCCGAGGGCUGGCAUCGACUGCUUCUCUGCUAUGGCAGCACGCUGGUAGCCAAACAUCCGCUACGAGCCGGAAGCGUCAUUCGCUUGGUUACCUUGAGCCUAUCUCGUGUUGGACAGGCAGCAGAGCGCGACAAGCAUCUGUGGCAAGCGUUCUGGUAUGCUGCAUUAGGGAUGCUGGUCGCAGCCUAUCGUGCCGUCGGUGCCGCAGUCCGCAGCGAUGUAUUUUCGGCGACUGUACGAGCGCUGCUGCGACUUUAUGUGCGCACGCGGACAUGGUAUUCCGGGGACCCAGCCUGGUGUCGAAGACUCACCCUUGUACUGGCCAACCUCUAUGCCGGGUCUCCGCACCAGCCGUUUCCACAUGAGUGCCUGGAGACGCUCUCCAGUUGCACAGAUGAAUGGUAUAGGGUGCUGGGAGCCUUGGAUGCGUCAGAAACGGAGUCUUUGCGCACGGCUUACAGUUUAGCGCUGUUGGAAUACUGCUGGCACCAGCAGGACGCUGAUGAUGAUUGCUGGCACCAACUGGUUGCACGCUUGCCUCCAUCCCCUUCGGGAUGUAGCGCUUUGAUCGGGCGCCUGUUGGAACUUUUCGACGCGACAGUGGCAUCGGAGUCAGCUGAUGCCACUAAGGUGCAUUCUGCAGCAGAUGCGCAGAUGAUGCGGUCACAAAGGAUGAUGGACGCAAGCACUGAGACGCGGGCUUCACUAUCUGCAGAUCAUGCGAAUGCGAACUUGGAGACUCCUGGCUCUCCAUGCAGCGCAACCGAGAUGCAAGCUCCUGCUGAAUGGCAUGAAACAACGUCACAUGGUCCGGAAGUGUUAUUAUCCAAGGUGUCGUGCAAGCGGGGAGGUCGCACCACGACCCAUCCACCAAGUGAUUCGGACGCUGAUCGGGAACGCUUCCGGUCUGCAGCACCGACGACUGAAACGGCAUCUUCGACGCUUGCAGCGACGCCUUCGGGGUCACUGGACGCCAAGCAUAGAGCGCAGCCUGCUGGGAUGCUCCCGGGGACGCGUGCACCAUCAGCGUCUGCCCUGACGAGGGCAACGGUGGAGCCUGGAGACGCCUCAGCAGCCGACGCAGCAUCCGGCGCAAGAGUCGUUUCCGCAGGCAUCGGGGCGGAGGCGCCUCCAGAGGAUACCUCUACUGCGCCGCACUCGCUUCGUCGUCGACAGGUACCCAGCGAGGUCGCAGCGCUCGAUAGAUCUCAACGCAUAUUGCGCCCGCUGGUAGCGCAUGUCGAUCCGGUUACGUUCUGGGAAGCGCUCUACGCUCAUGAGCGUCGUUUUCGCGGCAGGGCCAGGUCGUGGACCCUGCUGUGCGAACGCUGCAUUGCGGCGAGCAGCCCGCUUCGAAGCCUGCAGCAUCCGGAUCCCCGAGUGCGUACUCGGACCCUCCAUGCGCUCAGCCAGGCGCCAUCUGCAGUACAGGAGCAGGCGCUUCCCAUCAUCCUGGAGCUGCUCCAACAGCCGAACGGCUUCGAGGAUGAUGUGCAGCGAGCUCUCUGCGCACCUGAUGACGCUACUUGUGGUGACGUAUUAUGGUUGCGAGAUCAACUGGUGCGGGUGGGUGCUCCAGCACUCGAAUCCCUCCUACCGCGCGCGAUGCUUCUGUAUCUGCGCGCUGUAGGGGCGUGCCCUGUACGAGCGCUCGUGCGAUGCUACCGACUGGCGAGUCGGUAUCGCCACGGAAUGAGUGCCUCGCCAAAGGAAGCCGAUGAAAUUCAUAGCCGUGGAUUGGCCGAGGGCGUCAUUGUCUGGGAGGCAGCGUUUGAACAACUCUGUGCACACUGGAAACUAGCCCCCGAGACGAAUGCCGAGCGAGCUGCACGCCGGGCAGAGCCGGCUGAAAUGUGGUUCAGGCGUCUAGGCGAACGCUUUGGACGCUCCAGAGGCGCCGAGGCUUUCACUGCGCUUCUGGAGCAGCUCGUCGACUUGACGAUGAAUGAGGAUGAGAACGGCGUUACCGCAUGUACUUUGCUACUCGAAUGGCUUCGCACAGGCGCUGACUUGCUCGAUGAGGUGACCAUUUGGCGUUUCCUGGCGAGCAUUGUGCAUCGACUUGCCGCUGUCCAUUGGCUAGCGCCCGUGUCGCGGAUACUGCACACCCUCAACGAUCGACUUGCACAGACAAAGCCGAUCACGGAUCCAAUGUUGGUUAUGCCUCAUGUUCAGCGGAUUCUAGAGGCGAUUGCUUCGGUACUGGCUCGUGCGCCGCACCCGAGUGCCAUCACCGUGCUGGCGGAAACGUUCAUUUGGCUGGCGACGCAAUCGAGUCCCAUGGAAUGCGAGGCGGUGUGCUAUGCCCUGCAGCUUGACACUUACCGCGAACAAGUGCUCGAGUUUUUGGCCAACGCUGGUGUACAGGCGGCGCGCUGGCUCGCAGUCGGAGCGAUUGAGCCGGUCGAUGUGCCCGCUGCGCUCGCACUGCUGGACACGUGCUCUGCAAACCUGGGUGUCGCUGGUACAACUGCACUCUUGGAGCAUUUAUUCAGAGCCUGCGCAACGGAUGCAACCUGGUCGGCCCAGUUGCGGCAACAAACGCGGCGCUUGCUGCACCAGAUCGUGCACGAGCAUCCCGAAAACGAUCAUCGAGAGCACCUCCUGGACCGCCACACUGCUCAACUGGUUGCGACCUGUAUACGACUACUGAAACCGCUCGACGAUUCCGACUGGUGCGUGGUUGAACCGUUGUGGGCAGUAUCCAAGGCGUCGACGGGUCUCGCAGUCAUCCGAGCGCUCCUCGACGCCUUGCAGGAGCGGGCGACGGACGCAAGCAUACCCCAAGCACCGUUGUCGCGCCCGCUUAUCACAGCGCUGAUCGCGGCCUGCCGCUGGCUCGCCACCGGACCAACGGAGCAGCCAGCGUUCACGCUCGUUGUACCACGCUCAUGGUUAGUGGACCUGCUCCAAAGCAGUGCCUUCCACGCAGACAACCAGAAGAGCUUGUGGUUACUGGAGGCUAUCGACCUCGGACGUCUUGACUGGAAACCAGAGCCUCCUGCUGCAUCCAAUGAACACGUAUCGACAACACCAACAACAGCGACACGCUCCGAUUCAGACCCAUGGAUGAGGUUCAUUCAAGAACAGUUCGACCUGGCAUGCAGCGGGACGCUCGAUACGAAUCGCCUCAGCUGUGUGCUGUGCGUGGCGCUCAGAGAUGGAACAGCGCGUGCAGCGCUCCAAGCGCGCCACGUGGCAGCACUGCUGAACGCCAACAAAGCAUCGACAUGCACGCAUGUGCCGCAGGGUGAUCACCAGCGAUGGCGGCGACACGCAGCGCGCCUCCUGAUCCAGUGCCUGCACGAUGCGGGCACGCGUGGAUCGGGGCUCCACGGCGAGCUCCUGGAGGCGCUCCUGGGAGCUCUCUGCCAGCACCAUGAAUGGCUCCCUGCAUCGGAACGGCCUGCGUAUCGGGUGACGGUUGUCAGGGGCCUGGUGUGUUAUGCGCAGAGCCUUCGGAGCGGGGACGCUGUGCACGCGAUGUGGAACGUGGUAUGCUUGACCGCGAGUCGCGAUCUGCCUUUGGAUGCAGUGCGCGAUCUGUUUAGGGAGGUCAUUGGGCAGGAUGAGGCUGCGCUAGAGCCGGUGUUUCGGGCGCUUCGUGAUGCGCGGCGCAUACGCGCUGGUACGCUGGCGCCUGUGCACGCUCCGGGGGCAGCUCGGCGAGGCGAUGCGACGCUGUCCGAGCAUCGCUCGUCAUUGUCGUCGUCGUCGUCGUCGUCGUCAACAACAACAACAACAACAGCAACAUCGCCGGUAUCCGCAACUGCGAUGGAUCGCUUAUGGCUACAGCUGUUGCAGGAUGCGGCGGCUUGUGCGCCGAGGCACGUGCGCCGGCUGCUCUCGGAAGCGUCCGGGAUUGCGCCGGCGGUACUCCAGCGUCUGCCUGAGUAUCUGGAUAUGGGGCGCGUCUUCGGAAAUGACAGCACCGAAGAUAUAUUGAGCUUUUUAGAGACGCGGCAUUUGCCAGUAGCGCUUGUGCAACACCUGGUGACGCAAGUAUGGCCCUUGACGCGCAUUCGUGAAGCGCUUGAGAAACGCGCACAGCCAGUCGUCAUGGCGAUUCUGGUGGAGCAUCUGGUACGCGUGGCGCGGGCGGAUGUACCGCGCAAACAGCAUCACCAACGUCGGGAGCUGCAGGAGACGUUACGGGUGCUCGGCCGGCUCUUGCUGGAACAAAACGCUGAUCCUGUGCUGGUGCGGCGCUGGCUCGAGCAUCCGUAUACGCGGACGCUGGGGCCGGGUAUGUUGCCGCUGCUGGCCGCACAUGCGGAUCCUGUUUGUGUCGCAUGCGCUGUUCGGACGUUUGGGCACAAAAUGGUACCGCAUUUGCCGCGCGUGUUGGCGCACUGGCCAGCACCGCCUGUUGUGCAAGCGCUCCUGGAGACGCUUCCCGAGUUCGUAUCAGCGCCGUACAUCCGCCAGCUUUGGGCGAGCAUGUCGGAAAGCUUUCCCGACGAUCGGGAGGCGGCAGCGAUGCGUUCGCUGCUGGUUGAAGCGGCUCCACCGAUGUCGAUCCUGGAAGCGCUGAAAGCGGAAACGCAGCACCUGGCAUGUUUGAGCGGCUGGAAAAUGAUGCACACGGAACCGUUCCAGAGUUUAACAGCGGCGCUUUCGAGCUGGGAUUCAACUUUGGUCCAGCGCUCUUCCGAGCAAAUUUUAGCUGUGAUCUGGCGAGGUCUGGAAAGUCGUGAACGCAUCAUGAUGAAAGCAUUCUAUGCAGGACGCGAAACAGAGCCGUCCAUAAGCGAGCAGCUCGAGCAGCUCGAGACGCAUUGUAUGGAAGCGUUGGUUACCAUGGUGCUGGUGCUGCCACACCCGGCUUGUGGCGAGAUCCUCUACCGCAGCUUGCUCUGGUGCCAGUCGUUCGCAGCGGAUGAGGACAGCGCGGGCGGAGAUAUCGCUAGCGAGCGCCCAGCGCGUCCGACAAAACGACAACGAAGCAGCAGCAGCAGCAGCAGCAGCACUAGUAGUAGUAGUACUAUCGGUAGUGACCCUGAUGAAGCAGCACCUCUUGGAAGAGCGCACAUGCGUCGCGCGUCUCAUUGGCGACGCAUCGUCUGGUUCAAACUUAUAACAAAGUUCGCAUCGCGUCUCGGUAGUCGCUUCCAGGAGUAUGUCGAACUCGUCUGGGAUACGAUUGCGGAACACGCUCAGCUGGACGCGGCUGGUGCGGCGACACCAGACCCGACGCCCAGCGAGGCGGCUGAGGUACGAGUUGCAGCGCUCGAGACGCUUGCGGUGUGCCUCGAAGCAGCGACACCAUCGUGUGCGCAACUAUCGAGCUCGCAAUGCGAAACAUGUCUGGAUAUCCUCGCCCAGUGGCUGUCCGAGGCGCACAUGGCAUCGCCGGUGGCAGCCACUGCCCUAGAGCGUCUGGUAGCGGCGCUGGCGCGCAGCGGCCUGUCCCAGCGAGUCACAACAGUGUCGACGACGUCCGGCACGUCUUCGCCGCUGGUGCGCCUCGGACGUCUCAUUCUGGUCAUGCCUGAGGUUCGUCGAGUGCCGGCUUCGUCGGCAGCGGCAGCCUUGCGCUUACGGGUGCGCCUGGUGCGCGUCCUCAUCGAAACGCUGGACGAGGCGUAUCUGCCGCCGCUGCUGCCGCGAACCCUAUCGUGGCUCGCCGAAGUGCUCGAUAACCCCGACAGUGCCGUUGAAGAGAUGGCACGAGAUAUUGCAAACCGCCUGAGUCGAAUUUCGGGCGAAGAUAUCUUGACGCAGUUGCGCGAAACGCCAGCGAUUUAG